AUGGUUUCGUGGCGCUGUUGUCGAUCGACUGCCUGCGGGCGGCGGGGCGGUGAGCGGAGACGGCGGUUUUCUCGGGAGGAGACGUCUCGUGUAUUUGCGACAGCGUAUAUAAUGCUGUACCGAACCGUGCGAAUGUGCGGCGCGCUGCGCUGCCGCUUUUGGAGCAGCGCGUGCGCUACCUCUUUAGCCUUGAUUGUGGCGUCCACUGGGUCCGGCGAGCCGCUUUCUUCUGCUCUAGCGUGGCGAUUAGGCCCGGUUGUAAGAUUGGACAGCACUCACCAGUCAAGUAUGCCCGUAUACCCGCGAAAACUGGGCCAAAAGCGGAGCGAGCUGGGAGCGGCUUGA